UAACUUGGCGAAUUAGCUCGAUGGUUAGCUAGAUAGCACCAGCUCGACAAGUAGCAGAACACUAACUCUUCACAAAGAAAACCCGCAAGUAACUUUGCAGGUGGUUUGCGGGAGAGACAGAGCUUUGAAACAAACUUGUUACUGUCUGACUAUUGAUUAAUAGCGAAUGUCUUCGCUUUAGCAACGAGUUGGUGGAGUCUGGUGGGUGUAUUUCCACAUCAGGCUCGACAACCGCUUCACCCGAAUCAGUCAACUUGUUGAAAAGUUUUACAAUCAUGACAUCGACCCCUCCACACAAUUUCUCCUGGGUCGAGCCAGGCAAACUGGCCGGACUGGCACUGCCAAGGAUGACAUCUGAAUACCAGUACCUGCUGGACAACGGUAUCAAACACCUGGUUUGCCUGUGUGAGAGAAAACCACCUUACCAUGACUCGUGCCCGGAGUUACAGCUGCACCACAUCAAGAUAACUGACUUCACUCCUCCUUCACCGAGUCAGAUCGAUAGAUUCCUCUCUGUCGUGGAAGAGGCCAACUCCAAGGGGGAGGGUGUAGCAGUGCACUGCAUGCAUGGCCAUGGGAGAACUGGGACCAUGCUGGCCUGCUACCUGGUGAAGACGAGGAAGAUUUCAGGCAUCGACGCCAUCAAUGAGAUCCGCAGACUGAGGCGAGGCUCAAUCGAAACUCAUGAACAAGAGAAAGCAGUGGUGCAGUUUUAUCAGCGCACCAAGUAACUUUAAAGUAACACGUUUGCAUCUGUUAGGAAGCAGAUGUAGCCAUGAUUAUUACAGUUAAUAAGUACAAAAUGAUGGGAAGAGGUACCUCAGUUAUUUCCCUAAAUUAAUACUUUAUUAUGUAGGAAUAAGAAAAUACAAAUCAGAUCAAAACACUGAAAGUCCCAGACAACAACAAUGAACUCAAAUGUUGAAAUUACCAUAUGCCCUUGUGACAUUUAACUAAGACAAACAUUUCUGCAGUUAAUACAUACACACGCUGCCUUUUUAAAUGGUACUAUAUACUGUUUAGCUAGCACAUUAUUACUUUUCUUUAUAUAGACAUGGUCUUCUUCUGAGGUUUCUGUUUACACAGCUUCAACCCUCAUUUACGCACUGGACGCCAGGGAAAAGAGACGCUGACGCUCCUUGAAUGUGAGCUUUUCAGGAGCCGUUGGUCUCUUGAUUUUCUCCUCCUGGUUUCUGCAAGUAAACAAUGAUAUGAGAAGAAAUACUUGAAUUUUAUUACUUAUAUGGGACACAAACAGCACAUAGUGUCAUCUGCAGAUUUAUUUUACUCAGGGAUUUUCUUUUCAAACCCUUGUAAAGUGGAGAGAAAGAAAUUUAAGAAGCAGAAUAGGCUAAUGUAAUAAUCCUGCUGUGAUGCUACACAGCUGUGCAUAUACAUUUGUUUCAUUAAGUCAUCAUGAAUAGAAAUGCUCCAUAAAUAGCCCUGUGUUAGAUUUUAUUUAAUUUUAAUGUUUCUCUUCAAUUGCCAAAAAAUAUAAACUCACUCUUCUGAUGCCAUGUUGUGAGCGUCUUCAGUCAGUCCGGUUGGUCUCUGACCUGCCAGACACAGAAAUGUUGCAAUUGAAAAUAAAGAAAAUAUAUGU